AUGUCCCUUCAGUCUGAAAAGAAUCUGUCUUGUGCAGCAUGUCAGAUCUCAUUAGUUGAUAGAGAGAGUCAACGCAAGCACAAUCAAAGUGACUGGCAUGUUUACAAUCUCAAACGUCGUAUUGCUGAAUUGCCGUCAUUGUCUUUGGAAGAUUUUGAAAACAAAGUUAAACCAGCCCGACUUGCAGAAGCCUCAGUAGAAGCAUCUGGUUUCUCUCGAACUUGUCUCGCUUGUGCCAAGUCCUACCACAAUCCAAAAUCAUGGGAUAAUCAUUGCAAGACAUUGAGUCACGCGAAGAAGACCGAAGAAUCUCCGUCGAAGAAUUCAAGUUCCCCGACUACGGCUGAGCUUUCAGACAAAGGUUUAGAUUACGAGGGCGAAGAUGAAGGCGAAGAUGAGAUAUCAGGGGAAGCUGAUGCAGAAUUCGAUCCAGCCGAUUGCCUUUUCUGCGACAUCCAAUCUUCAGAUCCGGAAUCGAAUAUACAACAUAUGCAUAAAGCUCAUGGUCUUUUCAUACCGGAUCAAGACCGCCUGACCGACAUUGAAACCUUCCUCGCUUAUCUCCACACCAUCAUUGCAGAUUUCCACGAGUGUCUGUAUUGCGGCAGCACAAAAAGUACCACAGAGGCAACGAGGAGUCACAUGCGUGAUCGUGGUCACUGCAUGUUGAACUUUGAUUCCGAGGGCGAGUUGAGCAUGUUCUGGGAGCAAAGUGACGAAGCUAGUAGCACGGAGGCAAACAAAGCAUCUUCUAUAGAUGAUAAUGGUCUUCAUCUACCAUCUGGCAAAACACUAGUCCACCGCAACGGCCCCCGGCAACAAUCCCAACAAUCAACCUACUCUAAACCAGGAUCUUCUCCAACACGAAAAGCAAUCACCGACGGCUCAACCAGCACAGGAACAACAACAGACCCAAGAACGCAACUUCAAGUGACCACUCGAGCUCACGGUGGCACCGGAUUAAUCGGAGUAUCGCAACUCCAACGGCGAGCACUUAUUGCAAAUGAGAUGUCUACUCGAAAGCUAGAGUUGAAGGCCAAGAAUAAAUACGCGCGAAAUCUGGAUCGGUCGACGAAUAAGACGGCUAUGAAGCAUUAUCGGGCUGUCGAGAGGAAGACUAGGGAGACGCCUAUUUGA